CUGAAAGCAAAUGGUGUGGCUGAGGCUGCCUCUCUGGUGGCAGAGCUAAGACCAAGCUGCAAGCAGUGAAAACAAACUGUGUUUUCGCUGACAACAAGGCAGAAUGUGUACCAGGGAUGUGACGUGGGCAACCAGGAAGGGGAUAGUCUGAGGAUCAUUUUUAAAGGGACCCCAUCCAAGAAGGUUUCUAGCCAGAGGCAGGCUGUAGCCAGAAAAAAAGAAUGAGAGAUUACCUGAGUAAUAGGACAGAAACUGCUGAAAAAUUGAACAUAGAUCUAGAUCAAAUGAAGGAACAUACUCAGGAUGAAAACAUAAACAAAGGCCAGGCGCGGAGGCUCAUGCCUGGACUCUCAGCACUUUGUGAGGCCAGGCUAUUCUCGAACUCCUGGGCUCCAGUGAUCCUAUGCCUCGGCCACCCAAAGCACUGGGAUUAUAGAAGUGAGCCACUGCGCCUGGCCUAUUGAAGGUUUCUAAUUUCCAGAGUUUCGACUUUAUACCAACAACUCUUAGAAGCCAUUAAAGGAUUGCAGAUGGAUCCUAAUAGAAUAUCAGAAGAUGGCACUCACUGCAUUUAUAGAAUUUUGAGACUCCAUGAAAGUGCAGAUUUUCAAGACACAACUCUGGAGAGUCAAGAUACAAAAUUAAUACCUGAUUCAUGUAGGAGAAUUAAACAGGCCUUUCAAGGAGCUGUGCAAAAGGAAUUACAACAUAUCGUUGGAUCACAGCACAUCAGAGCGGAGAAAGCGAUGGUGGAUGGUUCAUGGUUAGAUCUGGCCAAGAGGAGCAAGCUUGAAGCUCAGCCUUUUGCUCAUCUCACUAUUAAUGCCACCGACAUCCCAACUGGUUCCCAUAAAGUGAGUCUGUCCUCUUGGUACCAUGAUCGGGGUUGGGCCAAGAUCUCCAACAUGACUUUUAGCAAUGGAAAACUAAUAGUUAAUCAGGAUGGCUUUUAUUACCUGUAUGCCAACAUUUGCUUUCGACAUCAUGAAACUUCAGGAGACUUAGCUACAGAGUAUCUUCAGCUAAUGGUGUAUGUCACUAAAACCAGCAUCAAAAUCCCAAGUUCUCAUACCCUGAUGAAAGGAGGAAGCACCAAAUAUUGGUCAGGGAAUUCUGAAUUCCAUUUUUAUUCUAUAAACGUUGGUGGAUUUUUUAAGUUACGGUCUGGUGAGGAAAUCAGCGUCGAGGUCUCCAACCCCUCCCUACUGGAUCCGGAUCAGGAUGCAACGUACUUUGGGGCUUUUAAAGUUCGUGACAUAGAUUGAGCCCCAGUUUUUGGAGUGUUAUGUAUUUCCUGGAUGUUUGGAAACAUUUUUUUAAACAAGCCAAGAAAGAUGUAUAUAGGUGUGUGAGACUACUAAGAGGCAUGGCCCCAGCGGUUCAAGAGUCAGUAUCCAUGCUCUUGACCUUGUAGAGAACACGCAUAUUUACAGCCAGUGGGAGAUGUUAGACUCAUGGUGUGUUACACAAUGGUUUUUAAAUUUUGUAAUGAAUUCCUAGAAUUAAACCAGAUUGGAGCAAUUACGGAUUGACCUUAUGAGAAACUGAAUGUGGGCUAUGGGAGGGGUUAGUCCCUGGUCAUGUGCCCCUACACAGCUGAAAUGGAGAGGGUGUCAUCUAGCACAAUUGAAGGAUCAUCUGAAAGGGUAAAUUCUUUUGAAUUGUUACAUCAUGCUGGAACCUGCAAAAAAUACUUUUUCUAAUGAGGAGAGAAAAUAUAUGUAUUUUUAUAUAAUAUCUAAAGUUAUAUUUCAGGUGUAAUGUUUUCUUUGCAAAGUAUUGUAAAUUAUAUUUGUGCUAUAGUAUUUGAUUCAAAAUAUUUAAAAAUGUCUUGCUGUUGACAUAUUUAAUGUUUUAAAUGUACAGACAUAUUUAACUGGUGCACUUUGUAAAUCCCCUGGGGAAAACUUGCAGCUAAGGAGGGAAAAAAAAAAAUGUUGUUUCCUAAUAUCAAAUGCAGUAUAUUUCUUCAUUCCUUUUAAGUUAAUAGAUUUUUCAGACUUGUCAAGCCUGUGCAAAAAAAUUAAAAUGGAUGCCUUGAAUAAUAAGCAGGAUGUUGGCCACCAGGUGCCUUUCAAAUUUAGCAACUAAUUGACUUUAGAAAGCUGACAUUGCCAAAAAGGAUACAUAAUGGGCUACUGAAAUCUGUCAAGAGUAUUUAUAUAAUUGUUGAACAGGUGUUUUUCUACAAGUGCUGCAAAUUGUACAUUUUUUGUUUUUUCAAAAUAGAAAAGUUAUUAGUGGUUUAUCAGCAAAAAAAUCCAAUUUUAACUUAGUAAGUGUUAUUUUAUACUGUACAAUAAAAACAUUGCCUUUGAAUGUUAAUUUUUUUGGUACAAAAAUAAAUUUAUAUGAAAACCUGC